GAGAGGAUUGGAGGCCGUGAGCCCACUUUUUACUCCAUGUGUAGGAUUUCUAUUGCUGAUUGACAUAGGAGGAGAAGUUUUCCAGAGCUAUGGGGACUUCUCUUCGUGCAUUCCUGGUCUUAGGCUGUCUCCUCACAGGGCCAAGCCUCAUCCUCUGCCAGCUUUCAUUACCCUCUAUCCUUCCAAACGAAAAUGAAAAGGUUGUGCCACUGAAUUCGUCCUUUUCUCUGAGAUGCUUUGGGGAGAGUGAAGUGAGCUGGCAGUACCCAACGUCUGAGGAAGAGAACCCCAAUGUGGAAAUCAGAAAUGAGGAAGACAACAGUGGCCUCGUCGUGACAGUGCUGGAAGUGGUCAGUGCCUCGGCGGCCCACACGGGAUUGUACACUUGCUAUUACAACCACACUCAGACGGAAGAAAAUGAGAUCGAAGGCAGGCGCAUUUACAUCUACGUUCCAGACCCGGAUGUAGCAUUUGUACCUCUUGGAAUGACAGAUUAUUUAGUCAUCGUGGAGGAGGAUGAUUCUGCCAUCAUUCCUUGUCGCACGACUGAUCCUGAGACUCCUGUUAUCUUACGCAACAGUGACGGGGUAGUGCCUGCCUCUUAUGACAGCAGACAGGGCUUUAAUGGGACCUUCACCUUCGGUCCCUAUAUCUGUGAGGCCACCGUCAAAGGGAAGAAGUUCCAGACCAUCCCAUUUAAUGUUUAUGCUUUAAAAGCAACACCAGAACUGGAUCUAGAAAUGGAAGCUCCUAAAACUGUGUAUAAGUCAGGGGAAACAAUUGUGGUCACCUGUGCUGUCUUUAACAAUGAGGUGGUUGACCUUCAGUGGACUUAUCCUGGAGAAGUGAAAAGCAAAGGCAUCACAAAGCUGGAGGAAAGCAAAGUCCCGCUCAUGAAACUGGUGUACACUUUGACGGUCCCCAAGGCCACGGUGAAAGACAGUGGAGAUUAUGAAUGUGCUGCCCGCCAGGCUACCAAGGAAGUGAAAGAAAUGAAGAAAGUCACCAUUUCUGUCCACGAGAAAGGGUUCAUUGAAAUCAAACCCGGCUUCAGCCAGUUGGAAGCUGUCAACCUGCAUGAAGUCAAACAUUUUGUGGUGGACGUGCAGGCCUACCCCGCUCCCAGAAUAUCCUGGCUGAAGGACAACCUGACUCUGAUCGAAAAUCUCACUGAGAUCACCACUGAUGUGGAAAAGAUUCAGGAAAUAAGGUAUCGAAGCAAAUUAAAGCUGAUCCGUGCUAAGGAAGAGGACAGUGGCCAUUAUACUAUUGUAGUUCAGAAUGAAGAUGACGUGAAGAGCUAUACUUUUGAACUGUUAACUCAGGUUCCAUCAUCCAUCCGGGACUUGGUUGACAACCACCAUGGCUCUACUGGAGGACAGACAGUGAGGUGCACAGCUGAAGGCACACCUCUUCCAGAUAUUGAGUGGAUGAUUUGCAAGGAUAUUAAGAAAUGUAAUAAUGAAACUUCAUGGACAGUUUUGGCCAACAACGUGUCAAAUAUCAUCACAGAGAUCCAUGCCCGAGACAGGAGUACCGUGGAGAGCCAAGUGACAUUCACCAAAGUGGAGGAGACCAUUGCAGUUCGAUGCCUGGCUAAGAAUCUCCUUGGGGUUGAGAACCGGGAGCUGAAGCUGGUGGCACCCACCCUACGUUCUGAACUCACGGUGGCGGCCGCUGUCUUGGUGCUGUUGGUGAUUGUGAUCAUCUCACUUAUUGUCCUGGUUGUCAUUUGGAAACAGAAACCAAGGUAUGAAAUUCGCUGGAGGGUCAUUGAAUCAAUCAGCCCCGAUGGACAUGAAUAUAUUUAUGUGGACCCAAUGCAGCUGCCUUAUGACUCGAGAUGGGAGUUCCCAAGAGAUGGACUAGUGCUCGGUCGUAUCUUGGGAUCUGGUGCUUUUGGGAAAGUGGUUGAAGGAACAGCCUAUGGAUUAAGCCGGUCCCAGCCUGUCAUGAAAGUAGCGGUAAAGAUGCUAAAACCCACAGCCAGAUCCAGUGAAAAACAAGCUCUCAUGUCUGAACUGAAGAUAAUGACUCACCUGGGGCCACAUUUAAAUAUUGUAAACUUGCUGGGAGCCUGUACCAAAUCAGGCCCCAUUUACAUCAUCACCGAGUACUGCUUCUAUGGGGAUUUGGUCAACUAUUUGCAUAAGAAUAGGGAUAGCUUCCUGAGCCACCACCCAGAGAAGCCAAAGAAGGAGUUGGACAUCUUUGGAUUGAACCCUGCUGAUGAAAGCACACGGAGUUAUGUUAUUUUAUCUUUUGAAAACAAUGGUGACUACAUGGACAUGAAGCAAGCUGAUACUACGCAGUACGUCCCCAUGCUAGAAAGGAAAGAGGUUUCUAAAUAUUCGGAUAUCCAGAGAUCACUGUAUGAUCGUCCAGCCUCAUAUAAGAAGAAGUCUAUGCUAGACUCAGAAGUCAAGAACCUCCUUUCAGAUGAUAAUUCAGAAGGCCUUACUUUGUUGGAUUUGUUGAGCUUCACCUAUCAAGUUGCCCGAGGAAUGGAGUUUUUGGCUUCAAAAAAUUGUGUCCACCGGGACCUGGCUGCUCGCAAUGUCCUCCUGGCACAAGGGAAAAUUGUGAAGAUAUGUGACUUUGGCCUGGCCAGAGACAUCAUGCACGAUUCGAACUAUGUGUCGAAAGGCAGCACCUUUCUCCCUGUGAAGUGGAUGGCCCCUGAGAGCAUCUUCGACAACCUCUAUACUACACUGAGCGACGUCUGGUCUUACGGCAUUCUGCUGUGGGAGAUCUUUUCCCUUGGUGGCACACCCUACCCUGGCAUGAUGGUGGAUUCUACUUUCUACAACAAGAUCAAGAGCGGGUACCGGAUGGCCAAGCCUGACCAUGCCACCAGCGAAGUCUAUGAGAUCAUGGUGAAGUGCUGGAACAGUGAACCAGAGAAGAGACCCUCUUUCUACCACCUGAGUGAGAUUGUGGAGAAUCUGCUGCCUGGACAAUAUAAAAAGAGUUAUGAAAAGAUUCACCUGGACUUCCUGAAGAGUGACCAUCCUGCUGUGGCUCGCAUGCGCGUGGACUCAGACAAUGCAUACAUUGGUGUCACCUACAAAAAUGAGGAAGACAAGCUGAAGGACUGGGAGGGUGGCCUGGAUGAGCAGAGACUGAGUGCAGACAGCGGCUACAUCAUCCCCCUGCCCGACAUCGACCCUGUUCCUGAGGAGGAAGACUUGGGCAAGAGGAACAGGCACAGGUAGACGUGGCCUUAGCCUCUCCAUUUCCCCUCCCCCCAGCACACCUGAAGGAGAGACCCCCUGCCACAACAGUGAGGGAAGCGAGUUCUGAAAUCCCCAGGGGGUCAGUACUUUGGAAAGUACUUUCCAGAUGAUUCUAAUAUGUCCCCCUGAGGCUAGGGCUGGGGUGUGUGUGUGGUUUGUACAUGCUUCCCUAAUGGAGAAUCUUUGACUUAAGUCCUCUGGUAGUUUGAUCAAACUGAUACAGCAACUGUGAUUAUUGUGAUUAUGUAAGCUUCUCCUGCUGUUGUCUUAAAUAAUGUUGAACUGAGGAAAAAACUGAGAGAGGCUAGACUGGGUUAUUUGAUGCUACCUCAGUGGCACUUAACCCUGGCUGCAAGUUUGAAUCACCUGGUGAGAUUUUAAAACUACUGCUAUACAAGCCUCACCCACACCAGCAAAUUAGAAUCUCUGGGGAUGGGGGUCCAAGUGCUCCCUGGUUGACUGUUCUUUCUUUCUAACUUCAUAUUAUAGAAAAUGUCUAACAUGUGCACAAUUGAUGUUACAGUAAGCUGUCAGGUGUCCACCACCCAA